UACCAGGCAGCCACGUGUCUGGAUAGAUAUGCAACAUCAGCACACCUAGCUACUGUACUUCUAGCUGAGGAAUGAAUGCUGCAGAGGAAGUCAUCAUUGCUUCAUCCCCUUCCAUGAACAUACAAUGCAACUGGGAUGAGGUGUCCAGUAAUGGCAAAUUCUGGGUGUCCUGUCGAAGACCUGGUGAGAAGACACUCCAUGGCAGCCUGUCAAAGCCAACGUCAAAACAGCAACACGAUGGCUCCUUUAUUAUCCGAGAUCAUAACUCACAUUCCAUCACCGUUGAGUGCCCUGAGGCAAAGAUGACCACCAGAUUUGUGCGGCCUAGGAGAGUGAUGCAUCUUCACGACAAAACAUUGCUGUGCGGGGACGUGUCUGCUAGUGGUGGUUUUGGAGUGUGCUCAUCAGAGGAGGGACAGCUGUGGGUCUGGGAUGCUGACACCGGGGAAACCAGACGGUCCCUGGAGGGCCAUGUUGGUGAUGUGUACAGCUGUCGUUUCUUCCCCUCUGGUAUGGUUGUGUUGAGUGGAGGGGCUGACCUUCGGCUUAAGAUAUGGUCUACCCUCGAUGGAUCGUGCCCCAGAACUUUUGUGGGACACUCUCGAGGAAUCACUGACAUCGCCAUUAUUGAUCGCGGCAGGAAUAUCAUAUCUGUUUCCAGUGAUGGUACUGCUAAGCUGUGGGACUGUGGCUCUGGAUCUAACCUUGCCACAAUGGGCUCCACACAGUGGUCCAUCAAUACCUGCGCCCUGGGCAUGUCUGGGGUACUACCUGAGACCAGCUCGGCUCCUCCCAUGGAACCAGAAUGUGACACCGCUGGCAAGCUGCUGUUAUUGGCCUGUGAGGAUGGUAUGCUGAGGGGCUGUGAUGUCAGAAACAAGGAAACUAUAUUUUCGUGUGAGGUUGGAAAAACUGCUCUAUCUAGCUGUGUUUUUGUUAGCGAUACUCAAGCACUGACUGGGAGUGAAGGUGGAGUCAUUGCUACUGUGGACCUCAGGAACCCUCUUACACCUGUUAAGAGGACAUCAUUCGGGACGUCAUCUGUGACUUCUCUCUCACUACUGAGUGGGAACAGAGCCAUCAGUGGAAUGAGUGAUGGGAAUUGUGUGGUGUGGGGCUUAGACGAGAGUCACCUAACUGUCACUAAGCUCACUGGUCCAGAUGUCGACCCAAUCACAAGUAUUAGAGCAUCUGUUGGAAAACUGUUCACUACUUGUAGGGACAGUUGUGUACGUGUGUAUGAAAGUGCUGAUGUAUCAUAAGUUUGAUUAUAAGUGUUUAACUCAA